AUGGUGGCGGUGGCGCUGUUGGUCGGGCAGGCGCAAGGCGUGGGUCUCCUCCGCAUCACAGUCGGCUCGGCUGGGAGUUUGGAAAUGACGACAUGUUCGAGCUCAGCAUGCUCUGAUGCCACGGUGUUGUACUCGGGCAAGCUGGAUGGUGGACUUGGUGCCCCGUCGUCUGGGCUCGGCUCGUGGAGCGGUGAGGCCUUUGCUGGCCCGCAGCUUGCAGCUCCAGUCCCGCUGGCGGUCAUCGACAGCCUAAUCGCCCCGACGCACCCGAGUUGGCAGAGUGGGAGCGUGGCGCUCGCCGCGCUAGGCGCGCCGCUGGAUGUGGCCAAUACCAUAGUGCGGCCAGUGCUUGGCAACGUGACGUUCAGCCUCGGCGCGGUCGGUAACAUUCCGCAAGUGGCGCACGUCGUCCGUGUCGGCGGCCCGGCCGGCGUCCUGGCUAACUCUGUGGCAGUCUGCGGCGAGGCGUUGCCUGUGGUGGCGGCGCGCGGCGAUGUGCUCAACUGCCAAGUACUCGUGCCCGGCAACGGGAGCUACCCGCUGACGGUCACCUUUGCCGCCGCGUCGGAGCUUGCGACAGGCUCUGCCGGCGUGUUUGAUGUCAGCGUCCCAGCCGGGGGCGCAGCCUGGGUGCUGGACGCGGUGGCCGGCGCACCUGGCGCGCGCGACGGGCUGGCAGCAGUAGGCGCAGGGCGGGUGGCGGCAACCAAGGCCGACACUGCGGCGUACCUCGACAUCCAGCAGUGGAACGAGGACCGCCAGGCCCGGGUCCGCGUCAUGGUCGGCGUCAUGUACGCGCUGAUUGCGAUAGUCAUGACUCUUGCCGCCCUCAACGCCGCCGUGUGGCAGGCCUGGAUGUUCCCAAUGUUCCUUGCUGCCCCGGCCAUGUGGUGGUUUGCCACGCUCUUUGUCGGCAUGCACGCACUGUCGUGGAUGGGUGGGUUCGGGGCAUGGGCGCUGACCUCGGGCCUCCUGGUGCUCUACGGCAUGAUCGCGCCCAUCGUGUACUGCUGCAUCCGCAUGCGGGUCCGCAAAAAGUCAAAGGCCCGCAUCGCGCCGUCGCCGACCGAGCUCUCGACCGUGUCCGAACAGGAGGAGGCCGCCAAGACGCCCAGCGGGUCGUACUCGUCGCAGUGCUCGUCGAGCGGCUCGGUCGAGUCGCCGAGUAGAGAUGAGGCCAGCGGGAGCGAGAGCGAUCACGAGUACGAGAGCGACGACGACGGCGAUGUGUCGGCACGGUCGGCGCGGUCGUCGGCCACGCUCUCCGAGCUCGCCAACUACACCCGACGCCCGGCGCCGCUGUCGAAAAUUCAGAAGACUGCGCUCCUGAUGGUGCUCGGCGUGGUGGCGGUGGCGACGGCAACGGCGGUGACGGUCUUUAUGGUGUGGGAUCUGAAGACGUACAAGGUGACGAUCCGCGAGAGCCGGACAACGCUUGUCGAGUAUCAGCCGCAACUCAUUGCCAAGUCGAUCCAACUUGUGUAUGGCUUUGAGCGAAUGGCCAAGAUCAUCCGCUUUGGCUUUGUGCUGCGGGCGCAGAGCAAGGCGUGUGGGGUGUACUUUAAGCAGCGGCUGACGAGCAAUGAGGACAAAAAGGUCCGCAUUGCCGACGCCUUUAUCACCAAGUACGGCAUCGACAUGUCUCUCUUCAACCGGACCGAGUACUGGCAGUUUGACUCUGUCAACGACUGGUUCAUCCGGCGGCUGCGCGACGGCGCCCGCCCGCUGGCCUCGCCAGGCUCGACCGCCGUCAUCUCGUCCGUGGCCGACUGCCGGCUCACUGUCUUCAACUCGAUUGACCGUGACGUCUCGUUCUGGCUCAAAGGCGAGGACUUUUCAGUCUACCGCCUUCUUGACUCCAACCUCGACCUAACUCUGCAAUUUGCCGGCGGCUCCAUGGCGCUGUUCCGCCUCGCGCCGGCCGACUACCACCGGACUCACUCGCCCAUUGCCGGUACCAUCACAGCCCAGUUCUCGGUCAAGUCGACGCUGUACUCGGUGAAUGCCGACGCAGUCCGCUCAGGCUGCGGCGCAGUGUACAACGACCGCGUCAUCACCAUCAUCGACUCGGGCGUGCCCGGCCGCAAAGUUGCCUUUGUCGCCAUUGGCGCCACAUGCGUCGGCUCAGUCGCCAUGAUGAAGGGCGUCGGUGCAACCGUCACCCGCGGCGAGGACAUCUCCAACUUUCAGUUUGGCGGCUCCACUGUCGCCGUCCUCUUCCCGCCGGGAUCGAUGGCCUUUGACGACGACCUCAUCGUCGCCACCUCGUUCCAGGUCGAGACGCUGGUCAACGUGCGGACUCAGAUCGGUCGGUGGCUCUAAACCCCCCCCCCC